AUGGCUCUUGGAGAGGCUUUUCUAUCUGCCUUUCUUCAAGUUUUGUUUGAUAGAUUGGCUUCCAAUGAAUUUCUAGACCUACUGUGUGGCAGGAAAUAUGAUGAUUUGCCGGAGAAGUUGAAGAUCACCUUGCUAACGGUUACUAUGUUGCUCAGUGAUGCUGAGGAGAAGCAGUUUUACAACACUGCAGUGAGGAAGUGGCUACACAUGACUAAGGAUGCCCCAUAUGAUGCAGAGGAUAUACUCGAUGAACUGGCUACUGAAGCUUUGGCAUUUAAGAUGGAAGCUGAACAUCAUACCAGCACGAAUAAGGUAUGGAACUGGAACCCUAUUUCCACCCCUCGCAGUCCAUCUAGUAGAGGGGUAGAAUCCAAAGUGAUGAAGAUAAAUGAGAGGAGUUAUGAUAAAGAGAAAAUAAUUCAACUUCUUGUACAGGAUGAAACAACGAGUAGUAAAGUUGAUGUAGUUCCUAUAGUGGGCAUGGGUGGUAUUGGAAAAACAACUCUUGCUCAAUUGGUUUAUUAUGAUAACAUAGUGGACAAGCAUUUUGAUUUAAAAGUUUGGAUAUUUGUAUCUAGUCAGUUUAAUGCAGUGACGGUGACAAAAACAAAGCUUGGCUCACUCCAUUUAGGAAAGGUCGAUCUUGUUGGAGAGUAG